CCUGAUAUUCCUCCCCAACAAGUGAAUCAGACAGCUUUCAAUUUUACUGGCGCUUCAUCAAGGCCAAUGUACCCAGGUGGCACCGCCAAUCCUAUAUCACAUGGUGGUGGACGCUCUGCUGGUCUUUCUGUGAUUGGCUCUUCCUCCACCUAUGGCGCGAAUUCUAACGUUACACCAAACCUCUGGCUUCCUGGUCAGUUCCUUCGUCCUCAUAUCGGCCAGCCUUGUGAAUUGCUAUCUAAUGGAACUCAGUCGCCUCAAUAUGCAUCAGCAAUGGUAACUCCAACGGCCAACCAGCUACAGUUUAUUGGUUACCAGCACCCACAGGCCAUGCCAGUUUUGUCCAACUUUCAACAUAAUUACCAGGUUACUCCACAGACUUAUCUCGCUCAGGCAAGCUAUAUUUAUGUAGAAAAACUGGGUUUCGAAGAAUUCCGUAAUAGAUUCAUGUUGGAGUAUCUUUCAUUUCGUUUAAAGAGGCGAGUUGAAAAGAUUCGUAAGUUGGCUCUACCGUAG